AUGAUCCCAAAGAAAGUGAUAAGAACUGCAUACGGAAGGAUAAAAAUAGAGCCCAUAACUAAUAGCGCUGCAAGGAACCAAACUUUCAGGAAGAGGAAGAAAGGUUUAUUCAAGAAAGCCAACGAGCUGUCGACUCUCUGCAGUGUCAAAGUUUGUGCGUUUAUCAACAGCUGCGACAACACGGAAACGGAGUUUUGGCCGUCAAGGGAAGGCGCUGAAGCAGGGCACUCGGCGUUUAUGGGUGUUCUGCCGGAGGAACGGUGCAAGAAGAUGUACGACCAAGAGAGGCAUCUGGAGGAGAAGAUCCAGAAGGGGCAAGAGAAAGCGAUGAGGCUACAAGCGGAGAAUCGAGAGAUUGAGCUUAGAGAGGUUAUUUUCGAUCUUCUCAAGGGGAAGACGCUGAUGCCGCAUCAGUAUGGUGAUCCAAGUUUUAUGAGAGAGCUGAAUCUUUUCAUUGGUGGUUAUGCCAAUAAGGUAAGUUUAUGGACCCAGUUCCUCGAGGGGAAUGUUGAGCCUGUUCCUCCUAAUGUCGUUGCUACCGAUGCACCUGGUCCUGUUGUUGGUGAUGUGAACCCUGUUGUUGUCGGAACCAAAGGUUCGGUAAUUAACCCUACUGAAGCUUAUGAUCAUAUACCUCAAUAUGAUGGUAUGGAUAUGAGUGUGAAUGAGCAGGUUCCUGGAGGUUCUAAUGAUCAUGUUUAUCUUCAGAAUAUGAAUCCUCAAGAACCAUUUCAAUACCAAACUCCUACUAACUUUUAUGAUCAGACUCAGCCUAUGUUUUAUGGUUCGAGCCAGGGUAUGAAUAUGAAUCUUGAAGAACCAUUUCAAUACCAAACUCCUGCUAACUUUGAUGACCAGACUCAGCCUAUGUUCUAUGGUUCGAGCCAGGAUAUGUAUACAGGUUUGAGUCACGAUCAGGGACAGAGUUCGAAUCAGUAUGCAAAUGCAAACCAACAGUUCAUGAGUCUAUUGAUGGGGCGACCUCAGCAGAUGAGUGAUGUUCAAGAUCCUGCAAGCGUUGCUUCCAUGGACGACAACAAUAAUCGCUACCAACAACUACUAGUCACCAGUCAGAUACCUUCCACCACCACCACCACCACCACCACCGCCGGCGCCGAUUUUUCUGGUCAUAGCAUCAACAAUGGUUGGCCAAUAAGGUUUGGUUUGGACUGAAGUUUUUGCGUUUGCAUUUCUGAAUUUUCAUAUUGUAAUGAUUAAAGGUUUCGGCCUUUAAAUCAAUUAUGUUAUUAUCAUUA